GAAAUAAUAAGAUCGGUGCCCUAAUCUUCUUCACAAUAAUAAGAGUCAAAAGUUCUUAGAGAAAUGAAUGCUAUUUGGAGAUCUUCAUGGAAGAGUUUUACUAGUUCGAGUCCAGGACUGACCUCAUUGAAUUCGGCUCUUAAUCACUGGAGAGGGAUCCGAGUCAAAGUUCGAGACAGUAAUCUGGAGCAAGCGCUAACUUUUAUGCAGAGGAAAAUGCAAUCAAGCGGAAUUGAGAGGUUGAUCAAGAAUGAGCAGCUUUAUCAUAUCAAGAAUUCCGAGAAACGAGUCCUUGCUCGCAAGGCCCUUGAGAGAAAGUUACGAUCAAAAGAACUUGCUCGCAAGCUUCAGGCAGUCCUGGUUAAGAAAGUCAGGGGCAUGUAACAGCAGCGCAGCGGUUAUCUAUCUUACUAAAUUGUGUAAGAACUCAAUCCUCGACGAAUUUGUCUUCAUACUCUUUUGACAAUUUCUAAUUUUGAUGUCUUUUGCAUUUCAUGGGAGAAAGAAUGCUUGGUUAGAAAUUUAAACACAAAAGACUAGUGUUAAAAUAAGUUUGCUGUCUUGCUUUUUGUUUAUUUUAC